CUUUAGAGGUAGAGCAGCAGAAACAUCUGAGGUUUUUCAGAUCUGAUGAGCAGCUGCCACCAACUGCAGUGCACUUUCUUCACCACCACUCUCCUCCUGGACCUUCAACCAGUCUGAGCUGCUCAGACUAUCUCUCACACACACGCUGCAACACACUCCUUUUCCUGCUGUGCUUGUACUUUACUUCUGCCACAACAUGCAGCUCCUGGUGGUGUUAGCAGCUCUCAUGGGGGUUCUGUUCAGCGUAAGAGCAGCUGCUGUGCUUCCUCUGGAGGAUAGGAGUCUCAUGCAUGCAAACAGGGAGCUGGGUAAGGAGCGUAAGGAGCUGAUCCUGAAGCUAGUGUCCGGUUUGUUAGAUGGAGCUCUGGACACCAACAUGCUGCCAGGCGAAGCAGCUCCUGUGGACCUCGAGGAGCCGCUGGAGUCCCGCCUAGAGGAGAGGGCCGUCUAUAACAGGCUAUCACUGCCUCAACGUGACCGCAAAGCCCCCUGUAAAAACUUCUUCUGGAAAACGUUCACCUCGUGUUAACAGAGCCCGAAACCGUCGGGCUCUGCCACCCCUCCAUUCCUCCUCUCCUCCUCCUCUUCCACUCAACAUGAACUGCAGUAGAUCUCAGCUGUACAUAUCAUCUACACCUGUGCAGCAUUAAUGGACUUCACUGAGACAGUGUAUGUCUGAAUAUUGACUAUUUAUGUACACAGUGUAUGUAUUUAUGUAUUGUAACAGGUAAUUUCAGGGUUAAUAAAAAAGCAUGGAUUAUAAUGUUGGACGCCACAACGGCAGUUAAUUCUGCAACAACAGGAGGUCAUAUUUUUCACCUGCUUCUAGAGUUCAAAUACAAAGUCAGAUUAAAUGCAAAAAACAAUGGCUGAAUGUUUAUUUUUUAAUUUGUGUUUCAUUUCUCAAAUGGAAACCUGGUUAAGAUUGUAGUAGUAUUAAAAGAUUUGCUGUGCAAAUAUAAUGUUCUAUCUACAAAA